AUGUCGACGUCGCGGAGGCGGACACUCCUCAAGGUCAUCGUCCUCGGCGACAGCGGGGUCGGGAAGACGUCGCUGAUGAACCAAUAUGUCCACAAAAAGUUCAGUCAGCAGUACAAAGCUACAAUUGGUGCAGAUUUCGUCACAAAGGAGGUUCUCAUCGAAGACAGGCUAGUCACGUUGCAGAUUUGGGACACUGCGGGGCAGGAGAGAUUCCAGAGUCUUGGGGUUGCAUUCUACAGAGGGGCGGAUUGUUGUGUGCUCGUCUAUGACGUCAACUCUAACAGGUCAUUCGAUACACUCAACACAUGGCAUGAUGAGUUCCUCAACCAAGCUAGUCCAUCAGAUCCUAAAACUUUCCCCUUCAUCUUACUCGGUAACAAGAUUGAUGUAGAUGGUGGAAAAAGCAGAGUGGUUUCUGAUAAGAAAGCAAUGGAGUGGUGUGCUUCUAAAGGCAAUAUCCCUUAUUUUGAAACUUCUGCAAAAGAGGACUACAAUGUUGACAACGCUUUCCUCACUGUUGCCAAGCUUGCUCUAGAGCAUGAACGUGAUCAGGACAUGUGA